GAGAUGGAGGUGUCGGAGGAGCGGAGGGGGCGUUCAUCUCCUCACUAGCUCAUGACUGGAGGGAGCUGGCAGUGGCACAAGGCUCCAGAACGCGAGCGUCUGCGUACAUGUGCGCGAGAGGAAGGUUUCUAUUGUUUGUUGUAUUAAAAACACGUUUGUUUUUCCCCUCCUCUCCUCUGGAUAACCUGCUAUGUCUUAGUCCUCGUAUCCUGCCGCAGCGAGCGCCAUCGGAGCGUUCAGUGCCGCAGAAGUGCAGUGGAAGGAUGUUGUGACAGAUACAGGCACAGACAGAGGGACCAGUCACUGCUCACCACUCAGAGACAGACCAUGGCUCCUGUGUCCCUCCUCUAUCUGGGAUUCGUCCUCUCCUCCCUCCAUUCUUCCAAUGCCCAGACCAUCACUGGCACCUCCUCCUCCUUUUCUCCUCUCAACCUGCCGAUUAACGCCGCACCUCCACCAACCAAGCAAACUGAUAGAUUCGGGUCCUCUUUCCCUCCCAGAGGGCGUAGUGAUGUGCCUAUCAGAGCUACAGUCUGGGAUAGGCUGACAAAUACAGUGCCGCAGGGACGAAGAAUGACCCGUCCCACUGCACAGUCCGUUCCGUCUCUUAUUUCUGCCCUCUCUACAAAGAACCUUAGCAGUGGGCCAAUUUUAACCCAACCACCUGCCUCCAGGCCCAGGACUGACACAGACAGUUUAGCCAGCAGGGCGUUUGGACAGAGAGAUGCUACUACAAAAGGCUUGACUACAACUUUGCCUACUGCUGCCACUGAGCCUGCUGAUAGUGAACCAGUGACAACGACAACAAGUGUACCAGAGGAGGAGUCUCUUAAAGAGUCAGAGGUUGGUGAUUCACAGGGGUUAGGAUCAGGGAGUAAUCCUACAGUGAUGCUUGUGGUAAAGGAAUCACCUGUGCCACUGCCAACGCUCGGUGAUGAAAUGGCACAGUAUCAACCACAGGCUCAGACUGUGGUCUCCGAAGUGAAGGUUCCACCACCUGAUAGUCAGAGCGUAAACCCUCCCCUGUUUGCGCUCACCGAGGCCAGUAAAACCUCGGCAACAGCACAGAGUGACACACUAACCACAGAGGUCCCUGCGGUAACACAAGCAACACCUCGCGAUGAAGUAUUAACAGGUGAACUGACAGCAAACACUCCUCCCACAGAGAGAGUUCCUCCAGAGCUGGACUCUGCUGCUGUGACGACUACUGCCACCAAUGGCUCUUCCCACAAACAGCCUCAGAGUUCGGGGCUGCCAGUUUCUGCCCAAACCCAGAAGAGUCCACAUUCAAACACCACAACACCACAAGCAACGACCACAUCUACACGUACAAGUGUGCUUACUACCACAGAGGAGGCAGUGAGGAGGUCCUCAAAAGCAUCAGCUAAUCCACCCAAUAAAACAGCAGCACAACUUGGAAAGAACACAGCUAACCCAACUGUACAGUCGUCCAAGACAGGGACCACAUCCUUCCUUACCACUGGUGUCGUCCCAGUCACCAGAAUGAGGAUCAGCCCCACCUAUCAGUCUGGUAUUGUUGAAAGGAACCGUUCUAUUCCCCUGGGACAUCCUCACCAAGCUCCCCACUCCACUUCCAAUCCAGCCCCCUCCCCCAGCACCAGCCCAUCCCCGAAUGGCACAUUUCUUUCCUGGGGUGACCUGAGCAGGACACUGGCAUUCGCUUGGGAGCUGCACGUCUUCGGCUCGGCGAGUCUCUUCCUCCUCCUGUUUGCUGGAGCUGCUCUUGGCCUCACCCUGUCCCCUGGCAUAAACUGUCCUCAUCGGGGUGCUCUUGCGCUCGCCAACGCUCUGCUGUUUCUCGCCGGAGGCCUCAGGGCAGCUUUCUUUCUAAUCGAUCCAUACGGCACACGGAGACUGCUUCCUCGCCCUGCAAUUAUGGCCUUGUACAACUUACCUCUACACCUACUGGUGUGGACACACGCUGCCCUGGCACUGUUGGCCUUGAGGGUGGCAGGGACAAGUGUGUUACCUUCAAACAUGGAGCGCCCUCCUCUGGUGGCUGUGCUGGCAGUGUUGCAGUGCACCCUGCUGUUGGCGGCUGAUCUGCUCUCCCCGGCUCUGUCCCCCGUGGUGCCUGUCACUCUGCAGGUCCUGUCCGUGGGCUGGGGCCUGGCCCUCUGUCUGGGCUUCCUCUUUCAUGUCUUCCCCCGUAUCCGAUGCCCUCCUGUCCCUCAGCCUGGAGUCCCUGAAGGGGGUGGCAGAAAGGCUUGGACAGGAAACAAGAGGAUUGGCGUCAUCCUUGGGAGAGUGUUGGCAGUCUGUGCAGUUUUGGGGACAAUAUGUUGUGGACUGCAUGUUCACGCUAUCUUAUGGCUCUAUGGACUGUUAGGAGACUGGACACACUUCAGCUGGGGAUGGUGGCUGGUCCACUUCUGGGCCCGGCUCUUAGAACUCUCCUGGGGUUUUUCACUUCUCCUCCUGGGUUCAUGGGUGUUCUGGAGGCCUCAAGGGUGCCAGGGAAGGGAGGAGGGUGCAGCGGAUGGCAGAGCAUCAGGAGACCUGCCGUCUCCUGGCCAAUCGACAGGGUCCACUCAAAGACAUACCUGCUGGUCUAAGAUAGUGCAAAGUCUGAAAGGGAAGCCAUGUAAAAAAUCAGACAGUAAUGGGGUGGGAGGAGGUGGAGGAGGACCAGGGGAGGUGCCUAACAACUGGGCUGGUCAGGAACGUCCUGGAGCUGACAUCAGUAAAAGUCUGAUCAGGAACCAAAACCACGAGCAGGCCUCUGUUCAGCCUCGCUACAUAAAAGACAUCAACAGUGGGCGCAAUUUCAGAGGCCAGUCUGCAGAAAGAGGCGUAUCUGACGGUUCUACAGGCUCGCUGUUGAGACUGCAGGCACUGGGACGUCCCCCUCAGCGUUCAGCAAGUGGCAGCCUGGAUCAUGAAAGGGACACUUCCCUCUCUUUAUGUGAGUUUGAUCUGCGCCCCCCGUCUCCCAUUGACCUGACCCGCAGCAUCGAUGAGGCUCUGCACAGGGAACACCUGCUGGAAGGAGGCAGCCUGUUUCAUCCUCUGAACCAGAAUUCACAGUACCCCUCCCAGGGCUCAGGGGUCAGCCAGGGGCCAUGGCUCCGCAGGAACAGUGAUCCUCAGCUUUCUGAGAGCAGCGAGGCUCCAACAGAGUCGUCCAUGCCACUCGGGGGCAGCAUACUCAGUAGUGUACCCAGCAGACAGGUGACUGCUCCUCCCACACCUUCCCAUCAGGGUCACAGGUGGGCUGGGAACGGGGUGGGCAAUGUCCCCUCUUCCGUGUCCUGUCCUGUGUCACUUCGUCCCUCCAGAAUAUCCACGGGGAAUCUGGAAGACGAGGGAGUGGACGACACACGGCCGUUCAUCACGCCGGACUCAGAGAGAGUGCGGGGAAGACGCGCAAGGCCGGCAGGUUCACGGAGCUACCUGGAGGUCGGCCGUCAUGACGACUCUGCCAGUGUCAGCAGUGAAAUAAUUGACUUAUGAACCAAACCUUGGACAUGAGGACCAAUGACUGCAUGUCAGACGUACCCAUUUAACAGACAUUGUUCCUAAUGAAGACCAUUGGAAAAAUCUGUUCACCUUGUUAUAGGGGUUUGUUGAACAGAAAUGGUACACAUUUUACUCUAGGAGUAAAACUUGGAGCUAUAGCGCAGAUAAACCACAGAAUUUCACUCCAUUUCACUCUCAUACAUUCAUUCUUAUUCUCUCUUGGCCUCUCUUUUUUAAAAAAAACAUACACAUACAUGCAUCACACUGACAGGACCUUGAAUAAAAUGGGACCAAGUAUAAAGUACAUUCCAACAAGUGCUGAGAAUGGUUCCUCAGCAGGUGUUGGGGUGAAUUUUGUGAUGCUGAUGGAUCUCUUUUUCCCAUUGAAGCUUCAUGAGGCAAGAUUGGUGGAAAAAAUAUUAUAUUUAACUGUUGAGUUUCGAUGCCGGAUUAUUAAAUCCUAAUGCUUUGACGA